AUGACUCCUUCACUGGUUGCUAAUGGCGGUGUCGCCGCCGGCGAGGCAGUUGCUGUGCCAGUCACCGGCCGAGUCGCCGCAGUCUACAGCGAAGUUCAGUCGAGUCGCAUUGACCAUGCGCUUCCUCUGCCUUCCGUGCUCACAAAGCCCUUCAAGGUCGUCGACGGACCCGCUAGCUCCGCCGCCGGCAAUCCAGAUAUUAAAAGCAGAAUAUUUGACAUUGCAAAGCUGUUUCCGAAUGUUUUCGGUCAGCCAUCUGCACUGUUGGUGCCAAGCGACUCCGAUUCUGCUCUACCCCAGCAGAAGUUGAAGAUCGGUGUCGUCUUAUCUGGGGGCCAAGCACCUGGAGGGCACAAUGUGAUUUCUGGAAUUUUUGAUUACUUGCAAGACCGUGCCAAAGGGAGCACAUUGUAUGGAUUCAGGGGCGGACCUGCUGGGAUCAUGAAAAGCAAAUACGUCGAACUUAACUCCGAGUAUAUUUAUCCCUACAGAAAUCAGGGUGGUUUUGAUAUGAUUUGUAGUGGAAGGGACAAGAUUGAAACUCCAGAGCAGUUUAAACAAGCAGAAGAAACAGCUGUGAAGCUGGAUUUGGAUGGCCUUGUUGUUAUUGGCGGAGAUGACUCCAACACAAAUGCCUGCCUCCUUGCUGAAAACUUCAGGGGGAAGAACUUGAAAACUCGAGUGAUAGGUUGCCCAAAAACCAUUGAUGGUGACUUGAAAUGUAAAGAGGUCCCUACAAGUUUUGGGUUUGACACUGCUUGCAAGAUAUAUGCAGAAAUGAUUGGCAAUGUCAUGAUAGAUGCCCGGUCAACUGGAAAAUAUUAUCAUUUUGUACGGCUUAUGGGGCGUGCAGCCUCACACAUUACAUUGGAGUGUGCUCUGCAAACCCAUCCAAACAUUACAAUUAUUGGAGAAGAGGUUGCUGCAAAGAAGCAGACUCUGAAAAAUGUCACCGACUACAUUGUGAAUAUAGUCUUGAAGCGUGCUGACCUUGGUUAUAACUAUGGUGUCAUACUUAUUCCUGAAGGUCUAAUUGAUUUCAUUCCUGAGGUGCAGAACCUUAUUGCUGAAUUGAAUGAAAUCCUGGCCCAUGACGUCGUAGAUGAAGGUGGGCUGUGGAAAAAUAAACUUACAAGUCAGUCUCUACAGCUUUUUGAUUUCCUACCUGAAGCAAUCCAAGAGCAAUUGAUGCUUGAAAGAGAUCCACAUGGAAAUGUUCAGGUUGCCAAAAUAGAAACAGAGAAGAUGCUUAUUCAAAUGGUUGAGACUGACUUGGAGAAGAGAAGGCAGGAAGGUUCAUAUAAUGGCCAAUUCAAAGGACAGUCUCACUUUUUCGGGUAUGAAGGAAGAUGUGGUUUACCAACCAACUUUGAUUCUACCUACUGCUAUGCAUUGGGUUAUGGUGCUGGAGCACUCCUUCACAGUGGAAAAACUGGAGUGAUAUCAUCAGUUGGGAAUUUGGCUGCUCCUGUGGAGGAAUGGACCGUUGGUGGGACUGCAUUGACUUCAUUAAUGGACGUGGAGAGGAGACAUGGUAAGUUCAAGCCUGUGAUCAAGAAGGCAAUGGUGGAACUUGAAGGUGCACCCUUCAAGAAAUUUGCAUCCCUGAGGAAUGAUUGGGCUAUCAACAAUCGUUACAUCAGUCCUGGUCCCAUUCAAUUUCACGGGCCAGCAUCGAAUGCUCUUAGUCACACGCUACUCUUGGAACUUGGAGUUCAAGCUUAG